CGCAUCUUCUUCAUCCAGCCUCUGUUCUUCCGUCACCUCCCCCCACCCCUAAUCACCACACGGUCACUCGCCGGCAUCCAGGCGAGGAGUGGCUGACAUUGAGCACCUCGCCGGCAGUCGUUCACUUGUCGCGUCGCGUCGCGUCCAGUCCACCCCGUACAACCGCUCCUUCGGCACAACCGCGCGCUGGGGGACAUCGCGCCAGAAUUUCUUCACAGCUCGGACGCCCGCCAUCAUGGCCCUCGCCGACCAUGACCCCCUCCUCCUACUCCGACAGGCCAUCUCCGCCGGCAAUCCCUUCGUCCCCAGCCCGUCCGAUGACCCGGGCGCCGCCGAAGCGCCCCUCGCCGACGCCUCCCACCUCCAGUUCACGACGCAGGGCACCGCGCUGCCUCUCGACGCGCCCACGCGCUUCAUCUCCAACGACAAGCCCGUCGACCUGCGCAGUAUCUACUUUGCCUGGCUGAACCGCGAGCUCGCCAUUCCCGAGUACAAUGCUUCGGCCACGGCCCUCAGCGAGCAGCUCGCCGCUGCAGGCUCGCCCGGCAAGGUCCAGAACCUGGGCUUCAUCGAGCGUCUCGACCUCAUCACCUGGCUCGAGGGCGCCAGCGAGGAGAGCGAAUACAUCAAGCCGCUCGCCGGCGAUGCAGAAGCUGCGGCUGCGGCUGCGGCUGGUGCUGCGCCGGCGGCCAAGCCCGGCGCGACGGCCGCCGCCGCGAAGGCGAGGGCUGGCAAGGGCACCUUGGAUCCGCGGCUGGCGAGCGUGUACGACGGCGAGCGUCGCAUGGGCGAUCGCAACACGGUUCUAAGGGGUAUCAAGCCUACGGACUUUUCACACGUGCGGAAGCUCGCCGUGCCUUUUAUCCAGCGCAAAUCCUCAUCGGCCGUCGCCUUGCCUAACAAUGCGUCCCACGCCGCCGAUCCGAAGAAGCCCACGCGGCGCCCCGACCCCAUCAUCUUGCUGUCGCCCUCGGCGUCGGCCCUCCUCCGCAUGUCCAAUGCGCGCUCGUUCCUCGAGGACGGCAAGUUCGUGCUGCCCGACGCCGGGGCCACGGCAGCCAGCAUGCUGCACGUCCAGCGCACGAUGCCGGGCAUCGACGCGAAUCGCCCGAUGCGCUUCAUUCUGGUGGAGGGAUCGGAGCAGUUCAAGCCCGAGUACUGGAACCGCAUCGUCGCCGUCUUCACCACGGGCCAGACGUGGCAGUUCAAGAACUACAAGUGGAGCAGCCCCAAUGAGCUGUUCAAGCACACGCUCGGCAUCUUUGUCGGGUGGCGCGGCGAUGCAUUGCCCGAAAACGUGCGCAGCUGGGGCCACCGCGUGCUUUCCACAGCCGUGGACCGCUGGAGGGGCGGCGAUGGCCAGGACGCGUCGCGCUUCAGGGACAAGGAGGUGGUGGAGCAGAUCUGGAAAGCCAUUGAGGCCAACAUGCGCAACAAGGGCUGGCGGGCCAACGCAGCGCCCACGUCAAUAUGAGGCUGGGACCGCCGUACUGAUUCUUCUUGACACAAAGGCUCAAUGCUCUGCAUACGGUAGCCCUGCUGACGGUGACUUCAGUAGAGCCUUGGACUAAGACCCAUGGGCGGGGAUUCGGUAGACACGGAGUGACUAGCGACGGCGUUGGGAAAUACUUGACAUUUGCAUGGAUAGGCCAAAAGGGCAGUGGCCCGGUUCAAGUCGUGGCAUGGCUCGCCGGAGCUGAAGGAACUUGACGAGGCGACUCUGAGAAGGGUGGGCACGGGUUGCGGUCCAGAAUGGAGGCUGGUAUAUCGACACGACUUGUAUACUGAUACCACUCGUGGCAAUGGACAUGAUUUCGCUCGCAGCGCGUGGCCAGGGUCCCUGAUGCAGAAUCGUUCGUCAGAGACGCUACCCAGACGGCCCUACAGGUGCAGCCCUGAGCAUCCCACGUUCUUCGCAGCGCACUGUCAGCAGAGUCCUCGAUCUACGCUCACCGGUCACCCUUGGAUAUUCCUUUGUGUGUGGUAUGAGUGAGGUAGUAUGACUCUCGUCAGACGUCAGAGGUCAGACGCCGUCCGCAAGAGCCGUACGCAUCUCACGCACGCUCACUCGUUUCCAGAGACGAUUCCUCAUCACCGGCGGAUGGAAAUUGUCAGCCUAUGUACGAAGUAUCUGCGCGCCGCCCUCGUGCAACCCGACAUAGAACACUCCAGGCCCGAUCCUGUUUGUUCCCGUCUCGUAUGCUAGCGUACCAAUGUAAGCACGCACGGGUUGAUGGACAGUCGCAACGUGGACUGCCAAAACAAGUCACGGAG